CUGCUUGCGUAGGCCCUGGCUGUCUCAGCAAAACAAACUUAUUUUGAACACCGGCUGCGGGCGCUCAGGGUGGCUAAUUAUUAACCCCAGGUCCCAGCACUAUGUCCAGAGCCCUUCAUAAGGUGCCUGCACCUAGCAGCCAGCAUCAGCCACAGCACCACCACCACUGAGAGAAAACCACUGUGCUGCGAGCACCCACUUCUGUCUGCCACCAAGAUGACCGCUGCCCUCCACUGGCCGCUCUUGCUCCUGUUGGCUGCCCAGCUCUUCCAGGCUGCCCCUGCUCCCCAGAUCUGGCAGUGUGCCCCCUGUUCUGCAGACAACCUCAGCCUCUGCCCUCCGGUGCCUACGUCCUGCUCUGAGGUUACCAGGCCAGCCGGCUGUGGGUGUUGCCCGGUGUGUGCCUUGCAGCUGGAGGAAGCCUGUGGAGUGACCACUGCACGGUGUGCUCGGGGGCUCAGAUGCCGGGCCAGACCUGGGGAAUCUCGGCCCCUGUACGCCCUUACCCAAGGCCGGGGCAUCUGCAUGAGGGAAUUGGACGAGACCAGUACUGAGGCCACAGAGCCCAGCUCUCUAGAGGAUGUCACUACUGGGAGUUCAGAAGUCACCCAGGAAGACAUCCACCUGAUGACCCCAUCCAGAGAAGUGACCUCCAUCCUCUGGAAUGCCGUCAGUAAUUACGACAGAAUCAAGGGUCUCCAGAUUGACAGCAUUGACAGUAAAAAGGAGCCCUGCAAGCGAGAGCUUCAUGAAGUACUGGAUAGGUUAGCCAAGGAGCAGCAGAAGCCAGGAGCUCAGCUCUACAAAUUCUACCUGCCCAAUUGCAAGAAGAACGGACUCUACAAUAGCAAACAGUGUGAGACAACGCUGGAUGGGGUGGCUGGCCUCUGCUGGUGUGUCUACCCCUGGAAUGGGGAGAAGAUCCCCACGUCCCUGACAAGGAAAGGGGAUCCCAACUGCCAGCAGUACUUUGAGUCACAGAGCUGAAAGCCGACACUUUGUGAUGGAUUCCUUCACACCAGUUAUUUAAGUACAUAAUGUAUUUAUACCUUAGGAUACACACACACUUCUAAGCAUCUAUAUGUAUAUAUAGGAAGCACUUUUUAUACUCCAUGUUCUCCUUGAUUUGUAACCUUGUAGUUUAUUUAUUCACCAUUAAGUGUAUUUUUUUCUACACCAUAAAUUGUUCUAUGCUAAUUUAUACCUCACGAGAACUCUUCUCAACAUAUUGUUACGAGCAGGCUUGUGUUCUGGCUUCCAAAAGUUUGUACUUCUGUUUUUAAUGGGUGGAAAAUGCCAGAUGAAGACACGUGUAGGCUGUGACUUCUACCAAAGGCUUGGUGGCCAGUGGCUGAACUCUGGGAAAAGCAAGUCCAUCUCUGUUUCCUAGAGAUCCUAUUUCCUUAGGAGUUUGGUGUGCUUUGUGGUGAGGUAGAAGUGACACUGUUGCGACCUGUAAAUCAGACACUGGGUGUUUUUGUCAGACACAUUUGCAUGGUGCAAACAGAUUUGGAAUAAACAUUCCACCUGAGAACAA